AUGAGGAAGAUCUGCGGAUACUCGACUGAGCUGCAGACCCCGGUGAAUGUUGGGCGCCGCCUCACUGUCAUCCUGUAUACCGUCUUCUUCAGGGCGCAGGGGUUCAACUGCACUGUCACGUGUGGUAAGGCCGCUUCCUCGAUCUCGGAUGGAUGUGGGGUUUCCCAAAGCAGCAAAGAGCUGGUCGGAGGAGCUCAAGUCCCUAAUCAGAACAAAUAUCCCUGGAUGGUGCACAUCACCGAUGCGAACGGACAAUUGUUUUUUGGAGGGUCCCUCAUCAAUGACCGAUACGUCCUCACUUCCGCCCGUCAAGUUAAACUC